AUGUACCCGUCUCUCCGGCUGUAGUCUUGUUUGUAACCCAUGGCUGUCAAGGCACGGCAACAGGUAUAUAAACCAAGCGAAAAUCAUCAGUAUACGUUGCAGUGUCAUGACUUCCUGCGGACUCGUGCCGAAGACCAGUGAUGGAAGGCCAUUGCCGUCGUUUGACGAGCUUCCCCAUUUCCACAGCUUCAAGGGUUGUGCAUGGGGAUUAUGGGGAGAGGACGACCAGCUUGGGACUAUCAACUUGCUGACCGAUGAUGUUGUCAAGCAAGCCGCCAGGGAAGAGAUCAUAACAGGCCAAAGUGUAUCGUUGAAUUGGCCAAUCAACUUUCCGGAGAAGCCAUUAUUCAAACGUAAAGCUGCGCAAAUCUACAUGAUUCCUGAUGAGAGAGGAUACGCCCACCGGGAAGAUGAGAUAGAAAUGGACACGCAAUCGGGUUCGCAGUGGGAUGGAAUGACCCACUUGGGCGUCGUGGCCCACAAUGUCUUCUAUAACAACACUCCUAAGGAUAUGCUCCUAAGUGGCAAGGUUCCUAUUCCUGAUCCUACGAAUAUAGACCCCCGAUUGUCCAGACUAGGGAUCCAAAACUGGGCAGACCACGGAAUUUGUGGUCGCGGUGUGUUCCUCGACCUCGUCGAUUUCUACAUCUCUUCUGGAGAUCCUCUGCCGUACGAUCCCUGGACCACUUAUGCGAUCACGGUGCCUGAACUUGAGGCGUGUGCUGCGAAGCAGGGCGUAAAGUUCAGAGCAGGAGAUAUUUUACUCAUCCGUGUAGGUCACAUCAAACGUUACAACGAGUCGUCGCAGGAGGAGAAGGAUGCUGUGGGAAGCAGGGACGAAGAGACACUGGCCGGUAUCGACCAGUCGGACGAUAUGAAGCGUUUCCUGUGGGACAAUCACUUCUCCGCUAUCGUCUCUGAUCAACCUGCCUUAGAGCGCUGGCCACCACCGGCAGGUGUGCCUCAUAUUCACCAGACGAUCUUGGGUUUGUGGGGUAUGCCCAUUGGUGAAAUGUUUGACCUCGAGAAGUUGUCACAAGUCUGCAAGAAAACGAGUCGAUACACUUUCUUCUUCUCGUCGUGGCCUCUUCCGAUCAUCGGCGGCUGCGCGGCGCCUCCCAACGCCGCCGUAAGUAUUCAUUUCACCACUUAUUGGUUUACUUUACUGACGACCACAUGCCAGGCAAUGUUCUAGGUCUGAGAGACUUGCAGUGGCAAGGUUUAAUCAUAUAGCAAAGAGCGGUUCCCGACACUUAAGUACGCGCCAUGUCAUGUUGUUUUGUCUGCCUUCGGAGACAUGGAAGACAUUCCCUAUAAGCUGACUAGUCGACAUGGUUAUACUGUCUCGCA